AUGUUCUCCAAGAUCGUCACCAUCCUCGCCACCGCCGCCGCUCUCGGCUCGGCUGCCCCCACCAAGACCACAGCGGACAUUGCUUCCCGCACCGAGUUUACCGGCGUCACCCACACUGUCGCCGUCGGCCGCGCCGGUCUCAACUUUGAGCCCAACAACAUCUUUGCUAAGGUUGGCGACUUGGUCGAGUUCCACUACCUGCCCGCCAACCACUCCGUCGUCCAGGCUUCCUUUGAGAAGCCCUGCGUGCCCCAGGAUGAGGACUCCUUCUUCUCCGGCUUCUUCCCCGUCUCCCAGGGCCAGAGCGACGAGGUCUUCCAGAUCGUCGUCGAGGACACCAAGCCCAUCUGGUUCUACUGCAGCCAGGGUGACCACUGCUCCAAGGGCAUGGUCGGUUCCAUCAACCAGAACGUCAACUCCCCCAAGACCCUCUCCGCAUUCCGCGAGCUCGCUACCAACGCCGGCCCCGGUGUUUCUCAGCCAUACAUUCAGGGCGGAUGCCGCAUCCCCAACCCCCAGCCCAACGCUGGUAUCUAA